CUCCACUGCCGGUGGGAAGGGCUCCGGACGUUUCUUUAAAAUUAAUUUCUAUGCGGUUCAUUAGCCCAAAUAAAAGCAAGGCAGCGAGCUAUCAUAGCGUCCAGCUAACCGCAACAACGACACCGAAGUCUCCUCAAAGAUUGAUUGGCUGUCUCUGUGAGCCAUCACUGCCCUCCUUGGCCAGAACCUGUGUGCUAUUGGUUCUUGGGCUGGGUAGUGGCAGAUGGAGCCUGUAUUAGCCUGUGGGAGUGCGGCCAGGUUGAGGAGCCAGUGGGACCGUGAUGGGGGACUGGGUCAGCAUGACCAAGCCAUGAAGUUCCUGGGCCAGGACUUUGAGUCUUUGAAAGCUGAAUGCCUCCGCAACCACUGCCUCUUCCAGGAUGAAGCCUUCCCACCCCAGGCCUCCUCGCUGGGCUUCAAGGAGCUCGGACCCCGCUCCCCAAAAAUACAGGGGGUUGGGUGGAUGCGCCCCACAGAGCUUUGCUCAAAUCCCCAGUUCAUUGUGGAUGGUGCAACUCGCACGGAUGUCUGUCAAGGAGCUCUUGGUGACUGCUGGCUUCUGGCGGCCAUUGCAAGUCUGACCCUGAACGAAGAUCUGUUGCAUCGCGUGGUGCCACAUGGACAGUGCUUCGACCGGGAAUACGCUGGAAUCUUCCACUUUCAGAUCUGGCAGUUUGGCGAGUGGGUGGACGUGGUGAUUGAUGACCGGCUGCCCGUGAAAGAUGGGAAGCUGCUUUUUGUCCACUCUGCUGAGGGGGCAGAGUUUUGGAGCGCCCUGCUGGAGAAGGCCUAUGCCAAGCUGAAUGGCAGCUAUGAGGCCCUAUCGGGUGGCAGCACGUCGGAAGGCUUUGAGGAUUUCACAGGGGGGGUGACUGAAAUGUACGAGCUGAAGAAAGCCCCCCCUGACCUCUACAGCAUCAUGGGCCGAGCAGUGGAGAGGGGAUCUCUGCUGGGCUGCUCCAUAGAUAUUACCAGCAUGUUCGACAUGGAGGCGGUGACCUUUAAGAAGCUGGUGAAAGGCCACGCCUACUCCAUCACUGGGGUUGAUGAGGUGACAUACAAGGGGAACCCCACAAAACUGGUUAGGAUCCGAAACCCAUGGGGGGAGGUGGAGUGGACAGGGCCCUGGAGUGACAACUCAAAGGAGUGGGGCUCUGUGGACCAGGCUGUGAGAGCUCGACUGUACAACCGCAGUGAAGAUGGAGAGUUCUGGAUGUCUUUCAGCGACUUCUUGCGGGAGUUCAGUCGCUUGGAGAUCUGUAAUCUGACAGCGGACACACUGCAGUCAGACGAGUUGAAGAAGUGGAGUUCCGCACUGUACCAGGGCGAGUGGAGGAGGGGCAGCACUGCUGGGGGCUGCAGGAACUACCCCGCAACAUUCUGGAUAAACCCUCAGUUUAAGGUCGAGCUGCAGCAUCCCGACACCGAGGGCCAAUCAGACUGCAGCUUCGUGCUAGCGCUGAUGCAAAAGGAUCGCCGUCGGAAACGCCGGGAGGGGAAGGACAUGGAAACAAUAGGAUUCGCUGUGUAUGAGGUCCCCGCUGAGUUUUUGGGCAGGGCAGGUGUGCACCUCAAACGGGACUUCUUUCUAACGCACGGCUCGAAAGCGCGCUCCGAGCUGUUCAUCAACCUGCGGGAGGUGAGCACCCGCGUUCGGCUGCCGGCCGGCGAGUACAUCGUGGUGCCGUCCACAUUCGAGCCCCAGAAGGAGGCCGACUUUGUGCUCAGAGUCUUCUCCGAGAAACCGGCCGACUACCAGGAACUGGAUGAUGACGUCACAGCCGACCUUCCUGAGGAGGCCCUGUUGGAUGAGAGCCAGAUUGAUCAGGGUUUCAAGAAUCUCUUCAAACAACUGGCUGGAGAGGGAAUGACGAUCAAUACAGCCAAACUGCAGAUUAUUCUGAACAGAGUCACCAGCAAGCAUAAAGACCUGAAGACCAAUGGCUUCAGUAAAGAGUCAUGUCGCAGCAUGGUUAAUCUCAUGGAUACAACAGGCAGCGGUACUCUGGGCAUGGCGGAGUUUCACGUGCUGUGGGAGAAGAUCAAGCGUUACCUGACGUUGUUUAGGCAGUUUGACGUGGACAAGUCCGGCACCAUGAGCUCCUAUGAAAUGCGCUUGGCCCUUCAGUCUACUGGGUUCAAGCUGAACAACUACUUGUUCCAGCUGAUCAUCUUACGGUAUGCGGAGCCCGAAAACCUGAACGUGGACUUCGACAGCUUCCUCAACUGUCUGAUCCGCCUGGAGACCAUGUUCAAGACCUUUAGAAUACUGGACACCGAGGCCACUGGAGUCGUCUCCUUGAACUUUGACCAGUGGAUCACUCUGACCAUGUUUGCCUAGACGGACGGAUUCACAUCCAGGAGCCUCGCAAUCUCCUACCCCCCCUACCCAAAGUUUACUUUACAACGUGCCUUUGUUUUAGUAAUACUGGUACCAGCAGGGGGAUGCGGGUCAAAUCCUUGCAUGUGUGCUGCAAGACCAGCUUUAUAUUUAGCAGUGUGAUAAGCAUGCCAAGAUGUUACCUUUAAUCUGUAGCCUUUAACCCCUCGUGGCCCAAGAUGUGACUAGCUACCAAACCUUAAGAACCAGCUCAGGGAACUGAUCUACUCUAGCAGUUGUCCUGACAACAGGGGGCGACAUCACUUCCUGUGAAAGACUCUAGAAUGCUUUUCUGUGUAUUUUAUAAAACCAAAUACUGUUUAUGUAUAGAGCC